AUGGAUGCGUCGACGUCCAGUAAACUGACACAAGCAAUCGCUAAAUGGAUAGCCACAUCAUGCAGACCGGUGUAUGUAGUGGAGGACGAAGGUCUCUGCGAUAUUAUCCGGAUUGCCUCCGGUGACCUAACGUACGAGUUGCCAUCCAGGGCCACAGUCAUGUCCAGGAUACACGAGUGGUAUGACACAGAGAAGGCAAAAUUAGCUACGAAUUUGGAAAACACAACUUCUAUCGCGCUCACGGGUGACUAUUGGACAUCGCUAGGUAAUCACAGUUAUCUUGGAGUCACAGCUCAUUUCAUUGAUCAGGAGUGGAAACUGCAUUCACAUGCAUUGACUGUGAUGAGAACUGAUGACAGACAUACGGCUAAUGCAUGCGCGGAUCAUUUUAUGGAUGUGGCCGGCCAAUGGAACAUUCAAGAGAGAGUGAGCACGCUGAAUACCGACAGUGCUAGAAAUAUGAUUGCCGCUUCGAAACAGCUACCAUUCGAACAUCUGCCGUGUACCGCUCAUAGUAUCCAACGCUCAGUCACAGUGUCUCUACAGAAUAGCACAUUUGAGGGUGUACUGGCUAAAUGUCGCAAAGUGGUAGGCCACUUCAAACAUAGCCCACCAAAUACUGCUGAACUUCAGAAACAGCAAGUUGCUCAUGGGCUAAAGGCUGAGACACUCGCUCAGGAUGUCCCAACAAGAUGGAACUCGACUCUAGAGAUGAUUAAGAGAGUGCAAAGAAAUCAGGAGCCGCUGAGAGAUGUCCUAGCCCAGCAAAAAAACAACGUGACCAUGCCAACAAAGGCGGAGCUGGAGAAACUUCAGAAGCUGGAGUUAUUGCUGGAACCAUGCAGAUACUUUACAGAACUCCUUGGAGGUGAAAAGUUUGUGUCCUGUUCAGUCGUGCUGCCUGCAUUAUGCCACCUGUCUCGGGUGAUGGAGACUUCUGAGGAUGAUCCAACCUAUGUUAUCAAGUUCAAGCAAACCUUCAGUGCAGACAUGACAACCCGCAAAGACAAAACCAAUCUUACAUGGCUGAAGAUUUCAACUGCCCUCGACCCAAGGUCAGAUGAGGAGGAGGAUGGUGUUGAAAACUGCCUAGCACGCUAUAGGGCUGAGCCAGUCAUCUGCAAGGAUGAGUGUCCCUUAGAAUGGUGGUCCAAACAUGCUUGUGUUUACAACAAGAUAGCAUGUCUUGCCCAGAAAUACUUGGCAACACCUGCCACAUCUGUACCCUGUGAGAGGCUAUUUUCCCUCUCAGGUCAUGUUGUUCAGAAAAAGCGAGCUGCCUUGUCAUCUGGAAAUGUGACCAAACUAGUGUGUCUUAGCAGCUGGCUUUGGUCAACUAAAGAGAAAGUUUAG